AUUAGUUUAUUAAUUAAGACGUGGUAAGCAAAAGAGGUCCACGUCGUCUGGAUAAGCUUGCUAGAAGACCGCGUUGGCCGUUACGUAGCAGCACAGUAAGUCAGUAACCCCACGCCACGUCAUUUUAUUAAUUUCCUCUUUUCCCUUUUUUUUUAUAUUAUUUUAUUUCACAAAUUCUUUCCUUUUUCUCACUAUAUAAAAUCAACCGAAACCAAAUACAUUUUCUCUCAUCUUCCAUAUCUCAUCUACUCAACAACCAACAUUUCUCUCAUUGAAUCCGCCUUCAAAGAUCUUAACAAUUUCAAAGACAAUCUCUAAAUCAGCGUUUAAUCGAUAUCAACAUCAAACAAUCAAAACAAUCAAAUCAAAUGGCAAUGGAGCAAUAUCCUCAAGAAACCGUCCCUCAAACAAAUUUUGUCAAGGAUAGUGAAACCACUUCGGACAAAUGGAAAUCAUUAUCAGAAUCUAUUGACGAGUCCGAGAAUAGUCCUUCCGCCGGUUUUGACUGCAAUAUUUGUCUAGACUCUGUCCAAGAUCCGGUGGUGACACUGUGUGGCCACCUCUAUUGUUGGCCCUGUAUAUACAAAUGGAUCCAACACCAAAACACUUCACCAGAAACCCCAAACAAACACAACACACAAUGUCCUGUAUGCAAACACGAUAUUUCUCAGAAAACCCUAGUACCACUAUACAGUCAGGGCCAAACCGCAAAACCUCAAUCAGAAGAAAAGAGUCUAGAUUUGGAGAUGUCGAUCCCACGUAGACCCGUGAGUCCAAGUUGUGGGGUGGUUAGGGGCCCGACUGAACAAGUUAAUCACCGUGGAUACCAACAACAAGCACAAAAUGUGAUAAACCCUACAAGUCCAACAACGGGGAUGCUUGGGGAAAUGGUGUAUGGGGGUCUUUUUGGGAAUACACAAGCAUCUUUGUAUACUUAUCCAAAUUCGUAUAACUUGGUGACGAUUAGUACUCAACGUGCAAGAAGACAUGCUAUCCAAGCUGAUAGAUCGCUUGGGCGCAUUUGGUUUUUUCUUUUUUGUUGCAUAAUGUUGUGCCUUGUUCUAUUUUAAUAAGGUGAUAAGUCUAAUUUUGUUAACAUUUGUAAAAAGUAAUGGUAGUUAAAUAGUUACGUUUGGUUUGACCAUGUAAUGAACAUGGUUGGAAUUUGUUAGUCAUAGUUACAAGAUAGUUUUGAUC